UUAACUCCUGGCUGCGCUUUCCGGUGAUGUUUGCGGCGUUUGUGUUAAAACUAGUUUUGCGUUCACCGUUGUCAUUUAGUGCCACUAACUUCAGCCAGUGAGUAAUUCCUCGACGAUCAUGGAUUCCUGGAGAGUUUUACUACUAGGGUUGCUUGCGGUUGGGUCGAGUUUCGCGGUUGAUGACGAUAUGUUCCGAUGUCCGGUGAACCUGCACCGCGGUCAGUAUCUGAAGACGUUUCGUCAGGACUGCUACCAGUUCUACCCGUACGAGAGGUACUGGCCCAGCGCCAAGUCGAUAUGCGAGAGUAAGGAAGGCCAUCUUGUCGUCAUUAAAGACCAAGAGACGCAGAACUUUGUCAUGCGCAGUCUGCGCGAAAUGCACUGGGAGUACAACGGGGUUUGGAUAGGCGCGUCCGAUAGAGACCGCGAGAUGCACUGGAAGUGGGUCACAGGAGAACAGAUUCAAUGGAACAACUUCGCUCGAGGCCAGCCGAACUGUAAAUUCCUUUGUGUUGAAGACUGUGCCCAGAUUCGACUUGACAGAGGGGGAGAGUGGCAUGACUAUCCAUGUUCUGGGUUCAGCUUUCACUAUUCUUUCAUCUGUCAAUACAAAAUGAACCCUCCAACUACAACAACUACAACUACAACUACAACAACUACAACUACAACAGUGGCGACAAAGGCAUCGCCAUCAACGACUACGGAAAAGACAACUACCACGACAUCGGCAUUAAAAACACCCGAGAUUAAAGUUGUGUACAAGACAUUGUUAGAUCAGAAGAACGAGAAGAAUCUAUCAGCAGCAUUCCAUCGUCACAGUAACACGACCUCAUCUGCUGCUACAUCAUCGUCCGCUGAGUUAACAACGUCACACUUUGACCCUCAUGUUAUUCAGCAAGGUAUGCAUGCAGGAGAGACAAUCGAACAGUCCACAGGAAUCCAUCUGGAUACAGGUACAGCAAUUGGGCUCAUACUGGGAAUUCUUCUGGGAAUACUUUUUGGAAUUUGUCUUGGAGCAUUUAUAUUCUUUAGAAGGCGACGUAAGCAGGUUGCGGAUAACGACCUGUCUAAAGUGGUGUUCCAGAACGAGUAUUUCGGUGAAGUGACAACGCCUCUCGCUGGCAAACAUUUCACAUCCGACGAAGACGACGACGACCAAAUUCCCCCCUCAAACAUCAUCCCUCCCUCGAUGUGCCUCACUAACCCGACCUACGAAACUCCCAUCACCAUGGAGACGCAAUACGAUCGUCCCCCGCGCCCGUGUGACCCCCCACCGGCUUAUGAUUCCCCGAGGUCGCUGGAGAGCGGUUUGUCGAAGUCGCUGGACAGAGAAACGUUCGAAAAGAAAGUCGAGCCUCUACAGGAGAACUUUUACGAAUCUCUGGAAAAUCUCCAGAAUCUGAAGGCCGCACUGGUGAUGAAGGAAAACGCUGCAGAUUCCACGACGACAGAAGAGGAACGGUAUGUUGCCAUGGCAACUGCACCAAAGAAAGUGUAAAAACAAAAAUGUCAUCUGUUGUAGACAUCAUUGCAUUUUACCUUUUUGUGAAAGAGGUAGUAAAAGAAAAUAGAAAAACUCUACAACAUUAUUAUGAGAAUUGUAGUCAAAAAUAAAAACAAAAACAGAAGAAACUGCGACCUGUUCAUAAGAACAAAUGCUAAAUAGAAAUUCAACUUUGCCAAAAGCUGCGUUCACACCUCCUUAAACUAGUUUAACUAAACUGGUUUAACUAUGUGAGUCGUUAUAUAGUUUAUCUAAACUGGUUUAACUAUGUGAGUCGUUAUAUAGUUUAUCUAAACUGGUUUAACUAUGCCAGUAUGUGAGUCGUUAUAUAGUUUAACUAAACUGGUUUAACUAUGCCAGUAUGUGGGUCGUUAUAUAGUUUAACUAAACUGGUUUAACUAUGCCAGUAUGUGGGUCGUUAUAUAGUUUAACUAAACUGGUUUAACUAUGCCAGUAUGUGAGUCGUUAUAUAGUUUAUCUAAACUGGUUUAACUAUGCCAGUAUGUGAGUCGUUAUAUAGUUUAUCUAAACUGGUUUAACUAUGCCAGUAUGUGAGUCGUGAGUCAUAUAGUUUAUCUAAACUGGUUUAACUAUGCCAGUAUGUGAGUCAUUAUAUAGUUUAUCUAAACUGGUUUAACUAUGCCAGUAUGUGAGUCGUGAGUCGUUAUAUAGUUUAUCUAAACUGGUUUAACUAUGCCAGUAUGUGAGUCGUUAUAUAGUUUAUCUAAACUGGUUUAACUAUGCCAGUAUGUGAGUCGUUAUAUAGUUUAUCUAAACUGGUUUAACUAUGCCAGUAUGUGAGUCGUUAUAUAGUUUAUCUAAACUGGUUUAACUAUGCCAGUAUGUGAGUCGUUAUAUAGUUUAACUAAACUGGUUUAACUAUGCCAGUAUGUGAGUCGUUAUAUAGUUUAUCUAAACUGGUUUAACUAUGCCAGUAUGUGAGUCGUUAUAUAGUUUAACUAAACUGGUUUAACUAUGCCAGUAUGUGAGUCGUUAUAUAGUUUAUCUAAACUGGUUUAACUAUGCCAGUAUGUGAGUCGUUAUAUAGUUUAACUAAACUGGUUUAACUAUGCCAGUAUGUGAGUCGUUAUAUAGUUUAUCUAAACUGGUUUAACUAUGUGAGUCGUUAUAUAGUUUAACUAAACUGGUUUAACUAUGCCAGUAUGCAAGUCAGUAUGUAGUUUAGUUAAACUGGUAGAACUGAAACUGUUUAAAAUGUACAUGUAAGUGUGAAUGCAAACUGUUUUAGUUAAACUAGUAUAGGGUGUAUACUACUAAAUCAAAUCCCACAGAUGACAAUAGUAACAUGUGGCUAAAACUCCUACCUGCAGCGUAUCAAUCGACAUAAAUGCCAUGGAUGUAAAUACUAUCACCCUUCACCCUGAAAGUGAAUCAGAAAAUAAUGGGGGUCAAGCUGCUCAUUUCUGAGAUAAUGGGUAGCGUCUAUGACUACCCUAGUUCCGCACACAAUUUGAGUACUUUUUUUACAGGUACCCCAUACAUGU